AUGCCAGCGAGCCUUGGACCGAACGAGCUCCUCGUCCAGGUCUACGCGGCGUCUUUGAACCCGGUGGACGCCCAGCUCCGCAACCUCGCCAUCUUUCGCCUUCCUGCACUCGCUGGCCCGCACGGGAUCGGCUGCGACUUUGCCGGCACGGUGCUCGGCAGGGGCAAGGACGCCAACGAGUUCGAGGUCGGCGCAGAAGUCAUGGGCGUGACGGUCAAUCCGCUCGCAGGCCCGAACGGCGGCACCUUGUCAGAGCUCUGCGUCGUCGACCUCUCGCGCUCGACCGUCGUCCCGAAACCACCACACCUGUCGUGGACCCAGGCCGCCGCCCUCCCCCUCGUCUUCCUCACCGCUCGCACCGUCCUCUCGCCACCCUACCUCGUUCUUCCACCUCCACCAGCACCGGCGCACGGCGAGCCUACAUCGUCAAAGAGCCGCACGUCUCCACGGCCGACCGUCGUCGUCCUCGGCGGCGCCUCGGCGGUCGGGCAGCACGUCGUCCAGCUCGCGUCGAAGCGCAUGGACCUGCGCGUCGUCGCAUCGUGCUCCGCGCGCAGCGCCGACCUGGUGCGCUCGCUCGGCGCGCACGAGACGGUCGACUACGAGGCGGACGACGUCGCUGAGCGGCUCGCGGCGCUGCGUCCGACCGAGGGCGAGGGCGGCUUCCUCGCCAUCAUCGACUGCGUCGGCGGGACCUCGCUGCUGCCCUCGGUCCCGCGCCUCCUGUCGCCUCGCACGCGCGCCUUCCCGGCCGGCGGCAGCUACACGACGAUCGUGGGCGACAAGACGUCGCGCGCCGCGCUCGGCGGCUCGUUCCUCUACUUGACCUGCUGGGCAAUGCUGUACCGCCUGCUGCGCGGCUGGAUGGGCCUCGGGUACCGCUACGCAUGCAUCAACUUCAAGAACGACGCGAGCUGGCUCGCCGAGGCGGCCGACUUGACCAAGGGCGGCGACGACGACUACAUCGUCUCGAUCGACGGCGAGUACGCGUACGAGGACGUCGCCGAGGCGUUCGCGAAGGUCAUCGAUGGCAAGGCGAGGGGCAAGGUGGUGGUCCGGGUCAAGGAGCCGUAGCAAGUGUGCGCGGCAACGAGGUGCUGCCCUUUCUCGCUC